AUGAAUACCGCUAUUAGAAAACGCCAACGCCAACGUAAAGAUUACAUCUACCGGCGAGCAGUUACUCUCCGAGAUGCCGAGAUAUCAGAAAAGAGAGCAAAGCUACGAUCGUCACUGGCAUCAGGCAAACCUCUGGACCCCGCGAUUGCAAACGAUAAGAGGCUACGCGAAGACUACAAGUACGAUGAAUCUCGACCAGAUUUGAGCGCCAGCGAGGCUUUGGACCUAGAUGACGAGUAUGCCCAAUUAUCCGGAAUCGUUGACCCCCGAGUUCUCGUAACAACCUCCCGCGACCCCUCCACACGUCUCUCGUCGUUCGCCAAAGAAAUCAGGCUCCUCAUUCCGACUGCGAUCCGCCUGAACAGAGGAAAUGUCAUUUUGCCAAAUCUGGUAUCCUCUGCACAAGCAGGAGGUCUCACAGAUAUUGUUCUGCUGCACGAACACCGUGGUGUACCGACUGCCCUGACAUUGUCGCACUUCCCUCACGGCCCCACAGUCUCCUUCUCCCUGCAUAACGUCGUACUCCGUCACGAUAUUCCAAACUCCUCGCGUGGUACAGUCAGCGAAUCUUACCCCCACCUCAUCUUUGAAGGCUUCACCUCCAAGCUCGGAUUACGAAUUGUGAGAGUCCUGAAGCAUAUUUUCCCGCCCCGAGAAGCCAUUACCAAUAAGACGAAAGUCGGAAGCCGGGUGGUGACAUUCAAGAAUAUUGAGGAUAGCAUCGAGGUCCGCCACCAUGUGUUUGUAAGGACUGGGUACCAGAGUGUAGAGCUGGCGGAGGUCGGACCUCGGAUGACGAUGAGGUGUUUUGAGAUCCGAGGUGGCACGCUGGAGAAUAAGGAUGGAGAUGUCGAGUGGAGAAUGAAUCAGUAUACGAGGACGAGCCGUAAGAAGGAUUAUCUGUAA